CGCCGCCUCGGCGGAGCGCAGGGAGCGAAGGGAGCAGCAGCAGCGGUGCGGGGGGAGCGGUGGGAGCGGUGGGAGCAGGGGGAGCAGCGGGAUCAGUGGGAGCGGUGCAGGGGGAGCGGUGAGAGCAGUGGGAUCAGUGGGAGCGGUGGGAGCAGCGGGAUCAGUGGGAUCAGUGCAGGGAGAGCGGUGAGAGCAGUGCGGAGGGUGCGGUGGAAGCAGCGGAAGCGGUGCAGAGGGAGCGGUGGGAGCAAAGGGAGCGGUGGGAGCAGAGGGAGCAGCGGGAUCAGUGCAGAGGGAGCAGCGGGAGCGGUGGGUGCAGCGGGAGCAGCAGGAUCAGUGGGAGCGGUGGGAGCAGCGGGAUCGGUGCGGAGGAGCGGCGGGAGCCCCCGCCCCGGCGGAGCACAGCGCGCUGGGCUGCGGAUGGAGGGCAGCCGCGCUUCUCCCCGGUACGGAUCCAUGGAAUCCACCCGGUGGCCGCCGGCCGGAGCGGAGCCAGAGGCCGAGAUCGUGUCCAUGGCCGACUCCACCACCACCAUCGAUGACAUCGAGGGAGAGCUCUUCAGGAUCGAGCGGAUCCGGGAGAUCCUGGUGCGCAGGGAGUCGGAGCUGCGCUACAUGAUGGACGACAUCCAGCUCUGUAAGGAAAUCAGCCGGCUGAAAACAGAGCUCCAGAAACUCCUGGUCCUGCCAGAGAACCAGAAAUCCAACGAGGAGAAGCAGAGGGAAGAGGAGCUGGUGCAGCAGAUCCACAAGCUGGUGGAAACGCGGGAUUUCCUGGUGGAUGAUGUGGAGUUUGAGAGGCUCAGGGAAAGGGAAGAAGACAAGGAAAUGGCCGAGUUCCUGCAGAGCAAGCUCUCCAAAAGCUACCUCCAGAGAGCAACUCCUGUCCGAGAGAAGAAGAUGACAUCGAGGGGGCAGCAAACCUCGGCUCCCUACAUGAGCAAGACAGGCCUGACCCUGCUCAAGGAGUGCUGUGGCUUCACCUGCUCCAUCAUGUAGGGCACUGCCAGCCCCUGGCACAGGACACAGCUGUGGGAGAGGCACAUACUGGGAACCUGGACGGGCUGAUCCCAUCCUGGAACUAAUUCCAUCCUGGAGCUGAUCCCAUCCUGGACCCCAUCCUGUCUUGGAUCUGAUCCCAUCCUGGAGCUGAUCCCAUCCUGGAGCUGAUCCCAUCCUGGACCCAAUCUUGUCCUGGACCCGAUCCUGUCCUGGAGCUGAUCCUGUCCUGAAGCUGAUCCCAUCCUGGAGCUGAUCCUGUCCUGAAGCUGAUCCCAUCCUGGAGCUGAUCCCAUCCUGGACCCGAUCUUGUCCUGGACCUGAUCCUGUCCUGGAGCUGAUCCUGUCCUGGAGCUGAUCCCAUCCUGGAGCUGAUCCUGUCCUGAAGCUGAUCCCAUCCUGGAGCUGAUCCCAUCCUGGAGCUGAUCCCAUCCUGGAGCUGAUCCUGUCCUGAAGCUGAUCCCAUCCUGGAGCUGAUCCCAUCCUGGAUCUGAUCCCAUCCUGGAGCUGAUCCUGUCCUGGAUCUGAUCCCAUCCUGGAGCUGAUCCCAUCCUGGAUCUGAUCCCAUCCUGGAGCUGAUCCCAUCCCAGAGCUGAUCCCAUCCCAGAGCUGAUCCCAUCCUGGAUCUGAUCCCAUCCCAGAGCUGAUCCCAUCCUGGAGCUGAUCCCAUCAUGGGCCACCCCCUCCCUGCUCCUCCAGAGACUCUCCAGGCUGCUUUUCUUGGCCCCCAGGAUUUGCUUUAUCCACACACCCUAAAGGCUCCUCUCUGUCCUGCCCUUCCAGGGCCUUACUGGGACAGUGAGUGACCCAGCCAGUGAGUUUGGUCAGGCUGAGGGAGCCAGAGGUCAGGAGGAGCCCUGGAUUCCAGACUUGGAGCCAGCCUGGGCUGGAAGCAGAGCUGGUGCAGGCAGGAGGAUGGGCAGGGUCUGUCUGUGUCUCACCUGUGGCCCUGAGGCUGCUCCUGGAGAAGGCUCAGGCUGCUCCCCUGGGCACAUGGAGCUGCUGGAAGUGCUGGGAAAGAUGCCCAGCCCACAGGAGUGACACUGCUUCAUGUGCAUUGAUCUCAACCCAAACCAAUAAAUGUCUGUUGGAAUCUCCAUAGGUGUUUCCUCCACCUGGGACCUUUUUAGGAGAUGGCUCAGCUGUGACAGAGCAGGAUGGGUGAGAGGAACAGAAACCUGAUCCUAAACAGUCAAGCUGGACUUUGGAGUUCCCUGGAGUGCCCAGAGCAGCUCCUGCUUCUGCAGCAAGACCCCAACCCUUCCAUUUCUGGCUCUGAUCCAGAAAUUUCACUUUUGGUCCCUCAGCAUCCUCCACCAGCCCCUGGGGAGAGCUGUGUCCCCAACAGCCCCUCACAGAGCAGGGGACAGCCAUGUCCCCAACCAUCCCUCUCAGGGCAGGGGACAGCUGUGUCCCCAAUUGUCCCUCAGGGGCAGAGCUGCUUCUGUCCUGUGAGCUCCUGCCACCACUGAGAGGCACCCACAUGGGUGACAGGGUGGCCAUGGGUGGCCAGCAAGGGGACAGCUGAGUCACCUCUCAGGAGGGGUGUGGAUGAUCCUGUCCCUUUGGAAAGGUCACAGCUGAGAUCAGAUGCAAGAGCACAAAGGCACAGCAUCCUCUGCUCGGGGAUGAGUCAGGAGAUGACUGUUCCAGAGCAGGCAGCAGCUCUCAGUGGCACCAUCAGUGUCUCUGUGAGACCUCUGGGACCCCUGAGAGCCAUGCAGGGCUCACUCCCUCCCUCCUUUUCUCUCUCUUCUGCUUCUGGGUAUUUGAGCUCAAAGAAGAGCAUGGAAGAUCAGCAGGAAAUG